CGCACAGAUGAGUGCGUGCCUUCACCUCUGACUGCUCUGCCAGAAUUUGAUCGAGAGGAAACCUGUUUCCAUGUCACCCUCAGAGCUCCGCGUCUAGUCGGAUCGGCGUAACUCUUCCUGAAUGCGGACAGGAUCUGCUGCUGGGUUCCUAACAGGUGUUCGCGGCGCGCCGCCCGCAGAAGGAACAUGUCCAAUGGGAAAGACCCAAAUGCUGCGGGAAAUUCCUCUGAGAUGACCCUGAAAGCGUGUCUGGAUGAGUGCAUGGAGGCCCUGGAUCUCUUCCUUAACAACCACUUCAACGAGAGCCUGGACAGGCUGCGGCCAAGAGUCCAGGAGAGCAUGUACCACGCUCUGAUCUACGCCACGGUGCUGGAGAUGCAGGCCAUGAUGACCUUUCAGCACGACGACAUCUCCAACGCGGGGAACACCAUGAAGAGCGCCCAGGAGGUCUGUCAGAGGUUUCGACGGAAAUCCCAGGGUUUGGCAAACAAGUCAGUCGGAGAGUCUCUUUCUGAAGUGCAGCUCCAUGCGGAGGUGUGUUAUGCAGAGUGCCAACUCCAACGAGCUGCUCUCACUUUCCUCCAGGAUGAGAGCAUGGUGAGUUUUAUCAAAGGUGGGAUCAAAGUAAGAAACAGUUACAUGAUAUACAAAGAUCUGCACAACUUCAUCAAAUCUUACAGCUGUGUCAAAGGACCGAGCCACAUUCACCUGGAGGGAGGCAUUUCCUUCGGAGUGGGAGCGUUUAACUUGGUACGGUACAGAAUAUGCACAGAUAACUAAAAAAAUAAGAAUAUUGUUUUUCUUUUUCUUUUAAAACCCUGCUCCAUUUUAAAAAAAAUCUGGUCUUUAAUUGUUCUUUAAAUGAAGUACAACCUCAGAUAAGAAAACAGAAUGUUACAUUUUCCUCUUAGGCAGCUAAAAUCACCACAUUUAUCUGCUAGCUGAUGCUAGCUCACCACAUUCACUUGAUUAACU